AUGCAGGCCAGAGAAUGUAAAUGGCUGAUCCAGGCCCCCAUUCCCUCGGAUAACCAGUCCACGACGGGCAUGGAGCAGGGUGUCUUCGUCGCCGACUCGUUUAGCUCGUUUUUGUCCGACUGGAAGAUUCAGCGAAGCGAUGACAAGGGGCGUUCCAAUCCACCUCUGUUCCACCUUCGAUCCAUUUCCACUUGCGAGCCGGAAUACUUUGUUCUGGAAGAAUUAUACUGGACGGAGGAAGCGGAACCUCAUCAAAAACGUUUCCACUACCAUGGCUCUAUCUGGCUUGACAGGUAG